AUGGUUUUAUCUGCCCCAGUUAUAGCCCUGGGGGCUACCUUAGGGACUGCAACUAGCAUCCUUGCCCUCUGCGGUCUCACCUGCUUCUGCAAAUGCAAGCAACCCAGGAAAGGACUCUCAGAAAAGGACCAAGAGGAGGACACGGAAAAUACUAAGCCCAGUGUGCUUCAGCCAGUCCAGCAAUUCAACGUUAAGAAAACUGCAGAGCCAGUCCAGCCUCGAGCACUCCUGAAGUUUCCCAACAUUUAUGGCCCCAAACCAGUAGUAACUUCACCUGAAAUUGUUAACUACACGCAGUACUCUCUGAAGACAACGGAAGAACCAGCUAGUGGAAAACAUACUGCUUUGGAUGAGAACAGGAUGAAGAUACAAGUCAAUGAAGAGCUGUUUGUUCUCCCUCAAAACGUUUCAGGUGUAGUAAAGGACGUGUGUGUAACAGAGCACUUGAACCCUGAGAGGGCAGCCAGCUGUAACCAGGCCCCUGAGCUGCGCUAUUCCAUUGCAUAUGAUCAACAAAAGGCCGAGCUGCGUGUGGCCCUUCUGGAAGCUAUGCAUGGCAGAAUGAGCGGGGACCAAGAUGCUGGCUGCCAUUGCUACAUACUGGGCACACUGGUGAGCAAAUCCGGUAUUGCUGAGGCCCAGACAGAGCUGAAGAAGAAGGUGCUUCACACCCUCUGGGAGGAGGUCCUGCGAUUCCCAUUAACGGAGGAGGAGAUGCCAGAGGGGACACUGACUCUCACCCUGAGAAACUGCGACAAGUUCUCCAGACACAGCAUUGUGGGGGAACUCAAACUGAGCCUUGCUAACAUGGAGGAGUCCUUUGGGAUGGCCCAGUGGGAAAGGCUAAAGAUGCCAGAGAAGGAGCCAUCUACAGGCCAUGGGGAGGUUCUGCUCUCUAUCAGCUACCUGCCAGCAGCUAACCGCCUGCUGGUGGUGAUUAUUAAGGCUAAAAAUCUCCAUUCCAAGCAGCUGAAAGAUCUACUUGGCAACGAUGUUUCUGUCAAGGUGACACUGAGACAUCAGUCCUUGAAGCUGAAGAAGAAGCAGACCAAACGUGCAAAACACAAGAUCAACCCUGUGUGGAACGAGAUGAUCAUGUUUGAGGUGCCUCAUGAGCUCCUGCGUGCCUCCAGCGUGGAGCUGGAAAUGCUGAGCCAGGAUGGAGCUGGGCAGAGCCACGUGCUCGGCAAGUGCAGCCUGGGCUUACAUGCCACGGGCACAGAGAGGAACCACUGGGAAGAAAUGCUUAGAAACCCCAGGAGACAGAUAGCCAUGUGGCACCAGCUGCACAUGUAG